AUGGCAAAUGCAAAAACAAAAUUGUUUACUCCUAAAGAGACAAUUUAUCGGGGUGAUCUCAUAAAUUUGAUUUGGAACAGAAGAGUGAUAGAAACAGUUAUCUGUGUACAGCACACAGAUACUGAAAGAAAUAAUAUCAAAACGGAGUCAUGCAAAGAAUUUGAUCAAGAAGAGGCCUCAAUGAAGAGUAUCGCUGACAAGAAUCAGGACAAACGGAUCACAUCGGUUGCGUUUGACGGGCAAUCAUUUCAAUAUAUCAGGAUUUCAGAAGAUUGUGUAACGAGUGAGGUUUCGCAUAACAGAGGAAGGAAUACUGCUGAAGACGUGCAGAGGUAUCGUUACAGCAACGUACGAGAUACUGUUGCCACGAAUAACGAAACGAACGAUAGAUUGACGCAUUUCCAGUCACACUCCGGAAGAAAUAAUAAACACAUGGAUGCUACAAUGCAUACCACGUUCUGUAUACCUCUCAGGCAACGAUCGAGUCAUGCAGCAAAGCCAGGGGAUGAAGGAGGAGUUCCAUCCAGACCGAUAUCACUAUCAUCACAGCCUCAUUCUUCUCGACUAGACAGUUCGAAUGAAAGUUAUAAUCGUAGUAGUAACGCGAUGGAUGUGUCUCCAGCAAAAGUGGAUACAUUUGCUACAUUCCUACCUCGCAAGUUUUAUUUUUCCUACAAAUUUUUUAAUGCAUCACAGAGAAGCGAAUCACUAAAUGAUGAUCAAAUAAAUUCAACAAAGGUUGUUCCGUUACCGGCAUCGCAAUCGAUGAUGAUUUCAUGUAACAGCUCGAAGUCAUUUUUGCUCAGAAGUAUUACUCCCUAUGUACAACAGACGACAACAGUACAGAAAACGCCAUCUGAAGUUAUUCAGCCACCAAUUCCACCUUCAACACACUUGAUCAGUGGGUCGCUGGCUACCAGUCAAACUUUACCUCUCCCGCAUUGCAAUUUUUCAGUUCCGACAACUACUGGUACACUAUCACACGGUCCACCCUAUGACUAUGCAGCAGAUGAUAGUCUUUGCAGAAAUCGAGAUCCUGUAUUAAUAAAGGAAACAUUUCACGAAAACCAUUGCUGUGAGAAUGCUCCACGCAGAUUAAAACUUAAAACAACAGAUGGACCAUCUCCUGGAUUACGCUCUACUUACGGACGAUCUGGGUGGCAAGAUGGUACGAAACAAUCAGUGCUACCCUAUCCUGGUUCUGGAACAUCACGGUGUUAUACAAAACCAUCACCUUCGCUACCGCUCCUUCCACUUGGCCAGGCAUAUGGUCGAGGCGCACCCCGGCGGCUUAUAUUAAGCAGUUUUUCUGAGUCACAUUGUUGCGAAGCCGAAUCAUUUGGUAAACCAAGUGGAUUCAGGAGCAAUAAAGAAGGAAAUGAGCAAGCUUACAACUCAUGCUGUGUAGGAAAUGUGCCAUCAGAUGCAACCUCAUCAAUCAUGCAAUCAACGUAUAAUGGUACAAAUAUUACGUACACCGCAGCGGGCACUGCACCACCACCCAAAACAUUUAGAGGCGAUCCAGAUCAAGUUGUUAUAUGCUCUUCAACAACCAGUGGUAGAACUGUAACGUAUCCAUAUCCAUCAAAAUCAACGUAUACAUACGCCGAAUGUGACACUGAUCACUCAAGGACAUCAUUUAGAGAAGGGAUAUGUAAAUCUUCAAUGCACAGUAACGGUAAAUACAGCAAAAGGACGUAUAGCACAAAUCUCGCAUGUCCUCCGACAGCCGUCACUAAUCCUUCAUUAAAAAAGGAAAGUAAUCAGAUGGUACAUGACGGUCAAACAAGUUCGAUGGAAGAAUACCAACAAAAUUUCAAAGAAGACAAAAAUAUUGGCAGGCGAGCAACAUCGAUAUCGGCUUUUUCAAAGUUCUACUUUCUUUCUCUCAGCAAAACAAAGAUACCCUAG